GGCUAAAACCGCGUGGUGGCGGCAGGCGGCUCAGCCCGGAGAGGGGAAGCGCUGGGCGGGGAUGAAAGGUUGUAAACAUGGCGGCGGCCUUGGAGGAGGAUGAAAUCGACAAUGAUGAUUAUUACUCGCUGUUGAACGUGCGGAGAGAGGCCACACAAGAGGAACUCAAGGCAUCGUACCGCCGCCUUUGCAUGCUCUACCACCCUGAUAAACACAGAGAUCCUGAGCUGAAGAGACAGGCAGAGCAGCUUUUUAACUUGGUGCACCAGGCAUACGAAGUUCUAAGUGAUCCACAGUCCAGGGCUAUCUAUGACAUAUAUGGGAAGAGAGGGCUGGAUGUAGAAGGAUGGGAGGUAGUGGAGAGAAAGAGAACGGCGGGUGAGAUCCGGGAAGAGUUUGAGCGCCUUCAGAGAGAGCGGGAGGAGCGGAGACUGCAACAGAGGACCAACCCCAAGGGGACGAUCAGUGUGGGUGUAGAUGCCACAGAUCUUUUUGAUCGAUAUGAGGAAGAUUACGAGGAGAUCUCGGGUAGUGGCUUGCCCCACAUUGAGAUCAACAGGAUGCAUAUAUCUCAGUCUAUAGAGGCACCUCUGACAACAUCAGACACGGCCAUUCUCUCAGGCUCUCUCUCUACACACAAUGGCAACGGCGGUGGAAACAUUAACCUGGCUCUGCGGCGAGUGACCUCAGCGAAAGGCUGGGGAGAGAUUGAGUUAGGAGCAGGAGACACGCAUGGUCCUCUUUUUGGCUUGAAGAUAUUCCGCAACCUGACAGCCCGCUGCUUCAUGACGGCUCAGUGCGGGUUGCAGUUUUCAUCGCGUGGUGUGCGUCCAGGAGUCUCCACCAUGCUCGCCCGCCACCUGGAUAAGAACACAAUGGGGUACCUGCAGUGGCGCUGGGGCACUCAGUCCUCCAUGAACACCAGCAUCGUCCGAGACACAAAGAGCAGCCACUUCACUUUUGCUGUUCAGCUCGGAAUCCCACACACAUUUAUUAUGAUGAGCUACCAGUACAAAUUCCAAGACGACGAUCAAACCAAGAUCAAGGGUUCUGUAAAAUCAGGGUUUUUUGGCACAGUGGUGGAGUAUGGUGCUGAGACUAAGAUCAGUCGACACAGCGUUCUUGGUGCUACUGUCAGUGUUGGAGUACCGCAAGGAGUCUCUCUCAAAAUCAAGCUGAACAGGGCCAGCCAGACGUACUUCUUUCCGAUACACUUGACAGACCAGCUCCUCCCCAGCGCAGUGUUCUACGCCACUGUUGGACCUCUUGUUUUUUACUUGGCCAUCCAGAGGCUUGUUAUCAAGCCGUACGUGCGCGCCCAGAAGGAGCAGGACCUGGAGAAACAUCGGGAGAGCGCCGCGUCUGACAUCGCCAAGAAGAAGCAGGAGGCAGAAUCUGCUGUUCUGCUGAUGCAAGAAUCUGUGCGAAGAAUCAUUGAAGCUGAGGAGUCUAAAAUGGGCCUUAUCAUACUCAAUGCCUGGUAUGGGAAGUUUGUGACCGACAACAGUAGGAGGCAUGAAAGGGCGAGAGUCAUAGAUGUGACCGUACCUCUUCAGUGCCUGGUGAAGGACUCCAAACUCAUUCUCACAGAGGCCUCAAAGGCUGGCUUACCAGGCUUCUACGACCCAUGUGUGGGUGAGGAGAAGAGCCUAAAGGUGCUGUAUCAGUUCAGAGGCGUCAUGCAUCAGGUCCUAUCUGGUGACACAGAAGCACUCAGGAUACCAAAACAAUCUCACAGGAUAGAUAAUGACACUUAGGAACCGUUUUCUUCAGUGCUGAAAGGGACAGCUUGGACUGGCGUUGAGGACAAGCGGAUUUUGUUUUCUAGGGACUUGGAUAUUCCCUGUGGCCUAAAAGUCAUUCAUAUGCAUAUAUAUAGAUAUACCUUUGUGCAAUUUUAAUUGUUAUACAAAAGGGCAUGUUUAAAAACUGAGUCCACUGGAAGAGCGCAUGAAUUUGUUAACUUCAAGUUACUUGAAACACGGUGACUUGAC